AUGGAAAUCGAAUUAGAAAAAAUGACCAUCGAAGUCAAAGAUGUCAGUCAUAUGAUCAAGACAGACUGGAAUUGUUAUGUGAUUAACGUGUCGCAAAUCAUUAAACUUGAGGAGAAAUAUUCUUUAAUAGAGAUAUCCGAGCAAACUUCUUCUGAUUUUUAG